AAACUUCCUCCUCACCACCAAACACUAACACUAUUUUGUUAAUUAUAUUCAUCUUUUCGAAUACUUGCAAGUUUCAGAUAAAUAUUAGUAAAGAGACAUCAUAAUUAUUACAAUUGUAUUGAUCAUUAAAUAUAAUCCAAAUAAUUAAAGCAAAAAUGAAUGCUUCUCAAGCUUUUAAAUCAAGGAGUAUGAAGAGUAUGUUGGGAGAUCAUCUCCUUAGAAAUGGAUUAUCAAGAUUAAGUUAUGAUAAUCCAAGGAAAAUAUCCACACUCAAAUUAUUACCUGCACCUUCUUUAUCAUCAACUCAAAUUCAUGGAUCCUUAAUAACCACUUCCAAAACCCAUAAACUUGAUUCACUUUUUACCACCAUGAACAAGCUUGUGAAAGGAAAAUUGAGUUUAGUAGGAGGAGUUGGCAAGUUAUUUAGAAAAAUAUUUAGUGUUCGAGAAGGAGAAAAGUUGUUGAGAGCUGCUCAUUGCUGCUUGUUCACAACGGCCGGUCCCAUUUCUGGCCGUUUAUUCAUUUCAACGGAGAAACUCGCUUUCUGCAGUGACAGACCUAUCGCUAAAGUCACCUCUCCCAGUGGAGAUCAACCUCUUAGGUUCCACUAUAAGAUUGUGAUACCAUUGAGGAAGAUCCAAAAACUAAAUGAAAGGGAUGAGAACCAAAAGAAGCCAUCACAGAAGUAUUUACAAGUAGUAACAACUGAUGAGUUUGAAUUUUGGUUUAUGGGAUUCAUCAAUUAUAACAAAACUUUUACAUGCUUACAACAAGCUGUGUCCCAAUGCUUACUUUGAUAUAGCUAAUAGCUUAUUAGCAAACUUAAUUAAGGCAAUAUAUAUUUAGUAUUUUUAAAUUUUCACUUUCAUAUACUUUAUUUUUUUAAUUGUAUUAUUUCUUAAAAUUAUGAGAGAAAAUUCAGAAUAAAGAAAUUCUACGAUUAAAAAAACAUGAGCGAAGUAUAUGUAUAGUGUACGGGUAGAUAGUUAUAUUAGGUAGGAACGAAAGAAUUUUUUCCUUCGAUUUAGUAUUAUUGAUUGCAAGGACAAAUGAGCUUGUAUAUUAAUGGCUAGUCCAAGACAACUAAGGCAUUUAUUAUUAUUAUUAUAUCUAUUAACUCAAUUGCUGGAUCAUUUUGAAACUGUUACAUAUGAUUUUUUUUUAAGGAAACUACUACAUAUGAUUAAUUGCUAGUCUAUAAUAUAUUCAUUCAGCUUCUUUAUUAUGAUCUAAUUACAUAUAUUAGACAUCAUUAUCAUCCUCAUCAUCAUACCCAGUAUAUCGCACUCAUAGAAAAACUAUGGACAGGGUCUGGAAAGGGAAGAUCGGCGGCAACUCAUACCCUUAAAGGAGAGCGCGGCCAAAGGAGUCCCCCGGCUCGAGAAAAGAUAAAGAGACAUAACUACACAGGAAAGAUAAAAAAUGCCUAUAAAUAAAAUAAAUAAGUAGAACCAACUACAAAAAAAGAAAACAAAAAACUAACAAUAAAAGAAACGAGAGAAGCAAGAGGGCAGGAACACCAAAAGGUAAUCUAAGAGGAUAUCAGUGGUCUAAAACAUGGAUAUCAACUUUUAUUUGCCAUCCCAAGUUCUCCUAGGUCUUCCUCGACUUCUUUUACCCUCUACUAUAAUGCUUUCUACCCUCCUCACAGGGGCGUCGAAAGUGUUUCUCUGCACAUGUCCAAACCACCUCAAUCUAUUUUCGCGCAUUUUUCCAAAAUUAGGGGCUACCCCUAGUUUGCCCCUUAACUCUUGGCUCCUAAUUCGAUCCAUCAAUGUGUGCCCACACAUCCAUCUCAGCAUACGCAUUUCUGUAACUUCCAUCUUAUGUUCAAAAAUCU